UUGAACAGCAGACCUGAGAGCGCCUGGAGUUCGGUCGAAGACUCUCAUGGUUCUCAUGGCUCUAAGAGAUCAUUCGUGUAGUAAAAACCAGAAUCCGCCGAGAGUGUAAUUGUGAUAUUUUAACCGACCCAGUCGCGUACAGUUCCCUCGCAGACAAACGAAAUAAACUGUUAACUAUGCAGAAUAUUCCUCGGCUACGUGAUCUUUGAGGAUGUUGGCUACAUAGCAUGCAAAAAGUGUUAUAAAUAAACUGUGCAAUAAUAGAAAAUUUACUUAAAGAUUCAGUGAAAUUUUGCGUUCAGUGUGUGAAAAUGGAUUUCUCAUGAAAACCCAUAUCCAACGAUAAGUGUUGUUGAUAACAAAAACUUUUUAUCUUCAGGAUGCAAGAUUGUUUCGUUAUAAUGUAGAUACUUAGUCCACUAUGUCAUCUCCGUCACCUGGACCACAGUCCAGUAUAGAGAACGCUUAUCAUCCGAGUGAUACAAGUGAACACGCUUUGCUAUCUUUCAAUCACACGCGUCAGUGUAUAGAGAAUAAUUGUCCUUUAGAAAAUCCCAAACCUUGCAACAUUCAGUGCAGCCAUGUUAAACCUAGUCAUCACCAUAACAUUCUCAACCAUCCCCAUCACACGACCCUUUCGACGAGUCAUUCGCAAAACGCCAUAAACCAAGCCGUCCAUGUUCACGUUCACAAUUCACUCAAUCAGGUCCUACCCUCAAAAGUGAGUCCUCCUCCUUGCAACUGCCACUUGCAAAGCGACAACGAAAGUAAUUUGGAAAAACACGAAGUUGUUGCACAUGGACAAAAUAAGAACAAGAUUGAAGUGGACGACAGAAUUGAAGUUUCUCCUCUGCCACCGGCUUUACCUCCAAGACCGCCACCCAGGCCUCGAAGUGAUGGUUUGGGAACCCUUAAUUCCCGAUCGUUACCCGGAGACUACAGUGGUAAGUCAAAUCCAAGCGGAGGUGGUAUAAGAAAAUACGUAUUCUGUUGCUGCGCUUGCGGAGGGAUUGCUACAAUCUUAGGAGCGUUAUUUUUAGCUGUUUACUUCCUUUUAAGGUCGUAUACUUCUACGUUAGGAUAUUUUGAAACCAUUCCUACAUUUGUACCUGCUACCAUGUUGAUCCUGACCGGCCUUUGCGUAAUGAGUCUGGCGAGGAGAAAAAAUCGCUACAGCUACUUGAUUAAGGUCUGCGGCCUUUGUUGCCUCGUGUGCGCGCUCACCUGCGUCUUGGUCACCAUAACAACAACGGUCAUCCACAUGAACCGUUUGCAGACACUCAGGGAGUGCGUUUACACACAGAAAACACGCACAUGCACUUGUUAUUCCGUCUUGCUUGAAGCUCAUGCAACUACCGACGAAGGAAUGAGAUUCGUUUUCGAUUCGACUCCCGAUUGUGAAGUUAUCCAUGGAGCUUUGUAUUCCUGUCUUCGUGCCAUGUUUGGUCUUUCUGUUAGUGGAAUCCUUGUUUGCAUAUUUUCCUGUAUGCUCGUUUAUCAACUUUUAAGUCACGAAAAAAAGAAAAUGUAUUGGGAGCAAUUGGAACUGAGAUGUCGUUCCCUUUAUCAACAACACACUGGGACACCAGCGAGCGCCCACAAUUCAAUUAGAGGACCACCAAUGCCACCAUCAACAUACUGCAGUUGCUGUGAAGAAUGUAGAUAUCCUCCAGUUCCUGCCGGACCACAAAUCUAUCCUUGGGACUCUCAUCAUCCUUUUGAUAGAUUCUGGACUCCUGGAAGGGUGGGUAACUUUUACUCCCCUAAUCCAGGAGAAGAGGGGCAUGAAAUUGGCGAGAAUGGUAGAGAGAGAUCUGGUGGAGGUUGGAAUUGGAGACGAUUGCCGUGGAGUAGAGGAAAUACUAAUCAACAAAACAUGAACGACAAUCCACGGGAUAAUUCAUCAACGUACCAAGGGGUAAUCAGCAGUUCAGAUAGUCAGUACGGAUUUAGUAACAGAAAUGAAAGGGAUUCUGGUCAAAAUAAUGAGCCUGUGUCAGGAUCCAGUGGAGGUUCUUAUAGUGUAUUAGAUAAUCGACCAGUGGGCGGUGUAUAUAUUUGGGGUCCUCCACCACCUUAUUCGAAUCCAAAUUCACCGGCCAGGAGACCAUUCCAUUCUCCAGCUCGUCAUCAUCAUCUUCAUCAUCCACAUCCGCAUAAUCCACUUUGCCAAAUGAGUCAAGAAAACCAAACCCAAAGUUCUCAAGUUCGCGGACGAGCCCAAAAUCAAAAUAAAGAUAACUACGAAAACACAGCAGACACUGAAAUUCAUCCACCGAAUGAAAAUAGUGAAAGCACGGAUACCUCUAGCUGCGUUGAUCGUAUUUCACACACGUUACCAGUUCGGAAGAUUAAAAAACGUGCUGAAAUCUCAUCGGUUAAAUCCGUUUCGCAACCACCAGUAAACUCAAGAGCCAGCGUUCAAAACGUCUUUAAUCAGAAUUGCAAAAAUUACCUCGAAGAAGAAGAUCACAAGCAUAACGAUGAGUUAAAGGAUAUUCAUAAACAAAAUAAUAACGAGGGGAAUCAACAAUGCAGGUUUCUUCCCCGAUUACAGGGUGUUGAAAAUGCGGCUUUUCAAAACCAAGAAGGAACUCCCACAAAAACUGAACCAACGGAAUCCGAAGUAUAUUUUGCUGAUGUAAGUAGCUGUUGUAAUAUAUCAGUGAAGAACGACGGACAAGAUUCCUCACUUUAUGAUGAAGCAGUGGCAACGCAGAAACCUCGCCUGUGUUCUUUGAAAGUUGGUUCCAAACAGCAUCAUAAAGAAAAAGAUUUCGAUCCCAGCGAUGAAGCUCUACACAAAUUUCACGAAAACAUCUCUUCUUCGACAGUGACAGAAGAUGAAGAAUAUUUAGCACAGAAAUUAGGAAAACGACAAAUGUCGACAAGAAGUCGCUUACCUUUCCCAUUGCCGGAUGGGGACGAAAUCAUAAUGUCAGAAGUACCACCCGAUUCUCACAUGCUUCUACCGAAAGAUUUAUCUCAGAACAGUCUUUGUAGUAGUGUACAAACACCUUUGACAGAAACAACGGAUGAUGCUGUUUCACCAAGCACACCAAACUACCCGAAAGCGGACUGCUGUCUGGGAUAUUUUCCUGAUAGUUCUGGAACAGAACAGCUUGGUCGCCAUCGGACUUUUUCGAAUUCCAGCACCAAUCACUUCCUGGCUCCAGAUGCACAAUAUGAAGUAAUUCACGAAAAUGAAAAUCAGAAAUACUGCCACAAUUUCUCCGAGAAUUGUGGAUCUUCUUUGAACUUUAGUAACUUAACAAACACAAUAUCUGGUCUUCAUAAUUUUAACCAAUCUUAUCACAAUAAUAAUUUUGGGAAUCCUAAUUUCAAUAAUCCCAGUAACGUGAACUAUAAUUCACCCAAAUGUGGAUCUCCAAGUCAAAAAAACAUUCCACCCAAAACCCUCAAUCUAAAUCAAUCUCCCAAUAGACGAAUUGGAUCCAAUAUUUCAACACUUAUUCAAAACUUGGGUGCUAAUCCUGUGGGACUUUUGUAUGGAGAAGCAAACAGUACUGAAGAAGAAGAAAUGCAAGGACAGGGAUCACAUAGUGACGGAACAAUGGAUUCAGGAUGGCAAAGUGGAUCGGAAAAACAGGAUAAAAGUAAGAAUAACAGUGAUAAUGCCGCCCCCCAUAAAGCCGUCAAUGUUUAAUUUUAGGAGAUGCCAAAUAAAAAUAAGUAGACAUUCGUUAUAACGCCUCACCUUUUGUCUGUAUAUUUUUAGAGUAAUAUAGAAAAUUAUAUAAGCGUUAGAAGUGAUAUUAAUUAACCGCAAACUUUUUCACAUUUUUGACCUUCUUUCCGAAAAUAAGUACAAUCAUUUGUUAUUGUUAAUCCUACUACGCUUAAUGCGUGGGUAUGUGAUACGAGAUAAGUAGUACCUACUUAACUGAUUCGAGAAAGGAAUAAACAUGGAACAAAAUGCAUAUAUGAAAGAGGCAUCAAAGGCAAACCAAAUAUAUAUGUAUUUAUUUUCCUAGCAGUUUAUAAAAUUUGUUAGCAACAUCCGUAGUUGUACUUAAAUUAGCAAGAAAUACUGCAGUAGCAAACGACAUUAAGAUUUCUUGCCAAGUGUUAGUACUGGAUGUUAUUUUUAUAUAGAAUAUUUUAUAUAUUUAUAUGUAAGCACUAAUGCAUGUAAGACUGUCUGUUAUUGUAACAAUUCCGUGUAUAUACUUCUUAAGUAGACCAUUUGUGAAUACCUAUAAUAAUUUUUUA